AUGUUUCGGCGACAGGGUCUGACGAAAGACGACGUUGACUUCGACGCCAUCUGGGGCACGUUGUCUGUCGCUUUUCAAGAGAUCUUUGCGAAGAAUGCCUCAAAACUCUCGUUCGAAGAGCUGUUCCGGAACGCCUACAAGCUGGUCUUGAAGAAAAAGCAGGAUUUGUUAUACGACAAAGUAGUACAAUUGAUAGAGACAUGGCUGCGAGGCACGGUGCGAGUUAGGAUCUACUCCUUCAUAACCCCAGCUCUCCUGGCCAGCGCGCUGGACCCGAACGACAGCGUCCCUUCUCAAGAAAACAGAGUCGCCGGUGAAAGGUUCAUCAAAACGCUGAGAGAUGCUUUCAACGACCAUCAGCUCUGCACAGGGAUGAUCACCGAUGUCCUCAUGUACAUGGAUCGCAUCAUGGAGCAAGAAAAGAAACGCCCACCUAUCUUCGCGACGUCAAUGGCACUGUUCCAGAAAGAGGUGCUGAACACCCCCCUAGACACGGAUCCAACUGUCAAUGUGCUCUCCCUCUUGGAGAUGGUCUUACUCGAUAUGAUCAAGAUGGAAAGGAAUAACGAGACAAUAGACCGACCCCUCGUCCGCGGCUGCUGCUACAUGCUAGAGGGCCUCUACGAGUCAUUCACCGAGGACGAGUCUAGCAAGCUCUAUCUCAUCUCUUUCGAACCCAAGUUCCUCCAGACGAGUAGAGAGUUCUACAACAAAGAGGGUCGGACACUACUUGUCGAGGCUGAUGCUACCACCUUCUGCACCAAGGCGAGGAAGCGGAUAUCAGAAGAACAAGAGCGCUGCCAGCAGACAAUCUCCAAAAUCACAGAACAGAAGAUUAAAUCUGUGGUAGAAAAAGAGCUUAUCUCGGCAAAUAUCAAAGAUGUGAUCAAUAUGGAGGGGACUGGCGUGCAGAACAUGCUAGAUAACGACAAGAUCCAAGACCUAGCCAACGUCUACGAGCUGAUAUCAAGAGUUGACCCACGGAAAGGUGCGCUGAGAGACGUGAUCAAGAGGCGAGUGAUUGAGCUGGGAACUGAUAUCAAUAAAUCUGCCAACGUCAUGGGCGAUGCACCCGGACCAAAGGCCCUCCAGAAAGCCGGCGCCGACGGCAAGGGCAUUCAGCAAGAGAAGGCUUUGAGUCAACAGACUCAGGCAGCAAUUUCGUGGGUCGAGCAGAUUCUGGCGCUGAAGGCCAAGUUCGACAAGCUUUGGAUCGAGGCUUUUGAGAGAGACUCAGUGCUGGAAAAGGCCUUGGAGAAUUCCUUCCAGGACUUUAUCAACAUCAACGACAGAAGCCCUGAGCACCUGUCGUUGUUCCUUGACGAAUAUCUCAAACGUGGCGGAAAGGAUAAGAGCGAGGCUGAAGUCGAUGCUAUCCUGGAUAACGGCAUCUUACUGCUUCAGUAUCUGGCCAACAAGGACACUUUCGAAAUAUACUACAAAAGACACAUGGCGAAGCGGCUAUUGAUGAAGAAGUCAGUGAGUCGGGAGAUGGAACGACAGAUGCUCUCGAAGAUGAAGAUGAAGAUCGGCAACCAGUUCACCCAGAAGCUUGAAGGUCUGAUCAGAGAUACAGAGACCUCAGACGAUCUCAACUUGAAGUACAGGGAGUACGUGCAACAACUCGGUGACCCUGAUCCGAAACGUGUCGACCUCGACUGCAGAGUCUUGACUACGACAAUCUGGCCAUUCGAAUCGCUGAGCAAGCCUGACGACGAGGAGUCUCGAGCCGAAUGCAAGUUCCCGGCCUCGGUGGAACGCGUACGGCAACGGUUUCAGAAAUUUUACCUUGAAAAGCACACUGGGCGGAAGUUGACCUGGAUGCCCGGCCUUGGCGACGCAGAUAUGAGAGCUACUUUCACCACGGGCGGGAAGACACGACGGUACGAGUUGAAUGUCUCUACUUACGCGAUGGUGAUCCUCACGCUCUUCAAUGAUGUCCCUGCUGGGGAAUCCCUCACCUUUGAGCAGAUUGCCGCGGAAACGAAUAUUCCGAAGCCUGAGCUUAUCAGAAAUCUCCAGUCGUUAUCUUUGGUGGCUAAGUGGAGAGUCCUCCGUAAGGAACCUGUUACCAAGGAUGUCAAGCCGACCGACAAAUUCUACUUCAACGAAGACUUCAGCAGCCAGUUCCUCAAGAUCAAAGUCAGCGUGGUGGCUGGUGGGGGCGGCAACCGCGUCGAGAACCAGGAUGAGCGUCGCGCGACCCAGAAGCGGACAGACGAAGAACGAGGUAUUGUCAUCGAGGCGGCAAUCGUCCGCAUCAUGAAGUCACGCAAGACGUUGUCGCAUUCUCAGCUAAUGACAGAGACCCUCGACCAAAUCUCAUCGCGGUUUCAGCCUGACGUCAACAUGAUCAAGAAGAAGAUCGAAGGGUUGAUAGAGAAGGAGUAUCUAGAGAGAGGAUCGGAUCCCGGAAAGCCAACCUACAACUAUCUGGCUUGA